GUGACUGAUUCAUUUUUUAAGCGGUUUUGUUUGCAAUUUGUGAAGGAACGUAUGGCGCUGUUUGAAUAAAAAACAACUCUGAAUUUCUUAAUCUGUCGCUCUCAACUUUUUUGUUUUCAAUUUCUAGAGUCGUAGAAAAACAGGGAGUUAAAAACGAAGUAGCUUUCCUUUUCCAAUUUUUUUUUCUGCUGUUGCGGCGGAGGUGAUGGAUUGGUCGGUUAAUACGGCGGCGAUGGUUUCGCCCUUCGCCGAUUCCAACGACAUCGAAUUUGGGAAUCCGUGGUGGUUUGUCUUCGCCGGCGUCUCCUGCUUCCUCGUUCUCUUCGCCGGAAUCAUGUCCGGUUUGACUCUCGGAUUGAUGUCUCUCGGAAUCGUUGAGCUCGAGAUACUGCAGCGGAGCGGCACUUCCACGGAGAAGAAACAAGCUGCUGUUAUUUUUCCGGUGGUUCAGAAGCAGCACCAACUUCUUGUAACCCUACUACUGUGCAAUGCUGCUGCGAUGGAGGCUCUCCCACUAUAUCUGGACAAGCUGUUUCAUCCUGUUGUUGCUGUCAUUCUGUCGGUGACGUUUGUUCUGGCUUUUGGUGAGAUAAUCCCUCAAGCAGCAUGCUCCAGAUAUGGGUUGGCUGUGGGUGCCAAUUGUGUGUGGCUUGUGCGCAUUUUGAUGAUUAUUUGCUACCCGAUUGCUUACCCUAUUGGAAAGAUCCUCGAUUUUGUCUUGGGCCAUCAAGAUGCUUUAUUUAGGCGACCUCAACUAAAGGCUCUUGUAUCUAUCCAUAGCCAGGAGGCAGGCAGAGGUGGUGAACUUACUCAUGAUGAAGCAACAAUUAUUAAUGGAGCACUAGAUUUGACAGAAAAGACAGCUGAGGAGGCAAUGACACCCAUUGAAUCAACAUUUUCUCUUGAUGCGAACACCAAACUGAACUGGGAAACUAUUGGAAAAAUCCUUGCACGGGGUCAUAGUCGCAUUCCUGUGUACUUAGGGAACCCAAAGAACAUUAUCGGACUUCUGCUGGUAAAGAAUCUCCUCACUGUAAGAGCUGAAGUGGAGACUCCAGUUAGUGCGGUUUCAAUCAGGAGAAUGCCAAGAGUACCAGCAGAUAUGCCCUUGUAUGAUAUUCUUAAUGAGUUUCAAAAGGGUGGCAGCCACAUAGCAGCUGUAGUAAAGGUGAGAGAGAAGGAGAAGAAGCUUAUUUCCUCUAAUGUGAUGGUUGGAGAGAAAAUUUCAACCAAAGGUGAUUCGCAAUUGAAAAUCCCAUUGCUCGACAAGCAUGGUGGAGAAGCAAAUACUGUUGUGGUCAACAUCGAGAAGCCUGAGCAAAAGGGUUUCGUGACAUACAACUCGAAUGCUGUAGAGGAUGUUGAAGAUGGAGAAGUUAUCGGCAUAAUCACCUUGGAAGACGUAUUUGAAGAACUUCUGCAGGAGGAAAUUGUUGAUGAGACAGAUGUUUAUAUAGAUGUGCAUAAAAGAAUACGUGUAGCUGCCGCUGCUGCAGCUUCUUCAGUUGCUCGAGCUCCUUCGACUCGUAGGCUUCAAAAGUCAUCCGCAGUCGGCCCAGGCAAGCAAUGACCGUGUGUGAAGAAGAUGACAUGGUAACGACACAGAUGUGUGAAAAUGAUUCAGUGUGUUUGUAUGUUCUACAGUGGACUGAGUUCUAUGUCUAAACGGACAUUUUUAAAGGAAAACUGAGAUGUUUGUAAAAGUAGCCAAUACUCAUGAGUCGAUAUAGCCUCCUUUUUGUAGAUAGCAACUCUCAAGCCAAUGGUAGUUUCUCUUUAAAAAAGAGUGAUUAGUGUGAAAUAUCAAUGGUAGUUUCUCUUUGAAAAAGAAUGAUUAGUGUGAGUUAUGACAAAGCUGAGUUGUACUUCA